CAGUACAACUCAGUUAUGGGACUGGUUUCAGUUCGAGAGAUUAAGUGUAAGCGGUUUAGUAAGUACAACUUGGAGGUCCAGUGCGGGCUUCACUGCCAUCACAGCGACCUCAGGUCUGACGUCUCCUCUCUGAAGGGACACAUCUGCGUGCGAGCCACCACCCCAAUGGCUGACGACAGUACUCAAAGCUUCAAGGCAGUUGACCUGGUUGUUCAGCUUUCCCCUGCUCUAAAAACCAAGCCACAUGUGGUUGACUUUGGGACUGUCUUCACUGACCACAUGCUGACCGUCGAGUGGAGCGUGACUGAGGGCUGGCAAGCCCCGUUCAUCAGGCCGUUCACAAACCUUUCCCUCCACCCAGCCUGUUCCUCACUACAUUAUGGCAUUCAGCUGUUUGAAGGCUUCAAGGUAUACCGCGGAGAUGACAGCCGACUGCGUCUCUUCCGACCGAUGCUCAACAUGAGCCGCAUGGCUAACUCUGCCAAGAGAGCUUGUCUGCCUGCCUUUGAUCAGACAGAGUUGCUGGAGUGUAUCAGGAGAUUGGUAGAGAUUGACCAGGACUGGGUUCCUCAAUCAGACUCAGCGAGUCUGUACAUAAGGCCAACAUUUAUUAGCACUGAGGUGAGGAGGAUGGUGACGUUCUUGUGGGGCGAAUGUUUUCUAAAACUGAAAAACAAUUUAAUUUCCUUAAUGUGUUUAUGGCAGCCUUCUCUGGGCGUAAAGCGGCCUGGCCGUGCCUUGCUGUAUGUGAUCUUGUGUCAAGCUGGCUCUUAUUUCAACUCUGAGGCAGAUGCCAUCUCCCUGUGGGCUGACCCAAAAUACACACGGGCCUGGAAAGGAGGAACUGGAGACUGCAAGAUGGGAGGGAACUAUGGAUGCUCCCUGUUUGCCCAGUACGAAGCAGAUGAUUACGGGUGUCAGCAGGUGCUCUGGCUGUAUGGACAGGACCACCAGAUAACUGAGGCAGGAACUAUGAAUAUUUUCCUGCACUGGAUCAAUCAGGAUGGAGAGGAGGAGCUUGCAACUCCACCUCUGGAUGGCAUCAUUCUCCCAGGCAUUACUCGACGGAGCAUCCUAGAACUAACCAGGAAAUGGGGUGAGUUUAAAGUGACAGAGCGCUACCUCACCAUGAGCCAGCUAUGCUCUGCUCUCAAACAGCAGCAGGUCAAAGAGAUGUUUGGCAGCGGGACUGCCUGCAUGAUCUGCCCUAUUGGACACAUUGUCUACCUGGGAGAGAACUUGCAUAUCCCCUGUCGAGAUAAGCAGUCAGUGAAGCUGACAUCACGGCUCACAAAAGAACUCACGGAUAUACAGUACGGACGCACACCUAGUGACUGGACUUUCAUGGUGUAGCAGUGUCAAAGGAGCCUGGACACAGUGAAGCAAUGUAAAGUAUGUGCAAUAUUUGGAAUCUAACUGCAAUAUAAGUGACUCCUUUACUUAGGUUUACACUUAAAUUUAACACAAACACAGAACUGUCCAAAGUAGUUAAUAAAGUAGGAUAACGUCUCAUGCAAUGCUGCACAAUAACUUACAUUAUCCCCGCCAUGAGGACUUGCUCUGUAACUUCUUUCCAGCAUCCCAGCGUUAAUAAGUUUCACAUGACUGCGUAAGAAUUUCAAAGUUGCUACAAAAUGGCUUGAACUCGUGGGGUCUAAAAUAAAAACACGAACUUAAAAGUCAAUGUCUGUCAAGGAUGCUGAUGUUUUAAACAAAUUAAAGUUGUGUUGGAAGUAAAAUUUUCAUUUUCUGUAUGAUGAACCAGGAGGGUGAACAGAAACAGAACAGAAACAAAGGUGUCUUCCCUGACUGGUUGGUUAGUGUUGCUUAUUGAAACUGGUUGUAAAAAGGUAUACAGUGUGGUAUGAAAAACUUACUUUGGUCACUAGCAGAUAGCUUUGACAUUACAGGGUGCAGAAACAUCUUUUUCCAUUCAGGUGAUGAACUGCAUCAAGGCCUCUUUAAGAAAAUGAAGAAAUACUACCAAAAAGCACCCUACAGGCCUUUCAUUGGUCAUUAGCAGGCCUGCAGUGCGUAUUUUUAUGAUCAUGUAUAAAAACACGGACAUGUAUGUUAAUUGUGAUAUUUUUCUUUUUAUCUUCAUUAUAUUAUUGAAUAAAACAAACAGUGAUGAAUAACAGCCUCUCUGUAAGAAUGAAU